AUGGAGAGAAAGAGUUUCAGCAAGACCUUGUGCAUGUGCCACGCGAACUGCGACUCCAUGCUUCUGCGAUUUCUGAAGUUUGAAGAUCUGCGGCGGACGGCGAUCCUGGAGGGCUUUCUGGCCUUGGGUGGCCGGGCGGGCCCUGAUAUCAGCAGCUUGGUCUUGGCAGGACAUGGGAGUGAUCUGAAGAUGCUGGGAGCAAUGUUUGCCAUUCAGCAGUCCGAGAAGAAGAGCCCUCCUCGUGACUUUCUGGCAGCUUAUGCCAUCUUCCUUGCCGGAAGCUUCGCCGUCUACCACCUGGUUGCCAAUGGCGAGUUCUCCUCCAUUCUCACCAUGGCCCAGAUGAUCCAAUGCCUGGCAUUUGUCCUGCUCACCAUCAAGUCCCUAUCCCAAGGCAGUGUCGCCGGCCUGUCGGCGAAGUCCCUUGGCCUGGAGGCGCUCGCCUUCGGCUGCAGGCUCUCAUCUACAACGUGGCUCAACGGCUAUUUGCCGGUGGAUGCAUCUGGUGACUUUGUGUAUCAGGCCGUCGAGAUUUGCAGCCUUUGCCUCGUCUUAUUUCUGCUCCAUCGCGCCUUUGUGUCCCAUCGUUGGAGCUACGAGGAGGAGGCUGACUCUCUGCCAGUGCUGCCGAUGGUCAUUGCAAGCCUCUUCCUGGCGGCACUCCUCCAUGCGGACAUGAACAGCCGCCCAGUCUUCGAUACUCUUUGGAUGGCCGGGCUCUUCCUCAGCGUGGUAUCUGUGCUUCCCCAGCUGUGGCACAUCCACCAGACGGGCGGCGUGAUCCAAGCGUGCACAGGCCACUACAUCGCGAUGCUCGCCUGCAGCCGUGCUCUGAGUGGCAUCUUCAUGUGGCAUGCGCGCUUCGACAUCACCUGCGUGCGGCUCGUGGGCGGCUUCAACCAGGCGAUCUGGGCGAUUCUGGGUGCACAUCUUCUCCAUCUCAUCCUCUUGGGCGAUUUCGGCUACUACUACGUCAAGGCCGUCAUGCAGCAGGGGUUGGAUUUCAAGAUCGAGCUGCCCUGCGCCGACAUGGUCUAA